UUUGGAGCUUGAUCGAAAGGGGUUCGUUCACUCUUGAGAUUUCGCCUUCGGCCAUGCUGUAAGCUUCUUUUGCUCUGAAACUGUCAAACAUGUACUUUUGAUGAAUAGGAGGAAGACAGAGCAUAAUGACAAGUCCUCCAUCUCCUCUGAAUUAUGAGAACGGCACAAAGGAGGUAUUCCUACACACCGAGAGUUGACCUGGGUGAGAAGGUCAAGGUCAACACUGGCCGUGCACUGGCUGGGCAACCGUAAGGGAGCCCCGCAGUUGCCAUUGGACCUGAAUCAAUUAAAACCCCUGUCAGGGGCGACGCGCAGCAAACGCGAAACCGCGACGGGACGCGCGCUGGAGUCUGCUUUGCGAAUGAAUUCUCCCCACUCUCGUCGGUCAGGCAUUGCCAGAGAAAGAACACCGCUUUCUGCCACUGUCCACAACACAAACAACACCCACCCACCUUGACACAUUGUGUCUUCUUCACCACCACCAAAUCCAAUUCCCAUUUUGAUACCCGGUGGACACAUACGACAAGAUGGACUACGAAAUGCUCCGCGACAAUGCGGCCCAAGACCGGGUGCGCCAGGCCAUGGAGUUUCUCGAUCCCCAUGACCAACACGUCAAGGGCUACAGAGCAGACAUCAUCACGAUGCUGCAAAAAAACCAGCGCCGGCUCGUCGUUAACAUCGACCGAGUCCGCGACCACAACCCCGAGAUGGCCGAGGGCCUCCUCUACGACCCCUUCGACUUCACCCUCGCCUUCAACCACGCCCUCAAGUCCAUCGUCAAGGCCCUCCCACAAGCCCGCAAGGACCAGACGGACGACGACGUGCUGUACUACUGCGCCUUUGCUGGCAGUUUUGGUUUGAAUACUUGCAACCCGCGGAGUUUGGGGUCGCAGCACUUGAACAGCAUGGUCUCCAUCGAGGGCAUCGUCACCCGCUGCUCGCUGAUCAGACCCAAGAUCGUCAAGAGCGUGCACUACAACGAGACGAAGAAUAUUUUCCAGUGGAAGGAAUACCGCGACCAAACGAUGACCAACGGCGCGACGACCACGUCGGUGUAUCCCCACGAGGACAACGAGGGGAACCCGCUGAUCACAGAGUAUGGGCUCUGCACGUACAGGGAUCACCAGACGAUUUCGAUCCAGGAGAUGCCCGAGCGGGCGCCUGCGGGGCAGCUGCCGAGGGGGGUGGAUGUGAUUUUGGAUGAUGACCUGGUGGACAAGGCCAAGCCGGGAGACAGAGUCCAGCUGGUGGGCAUCUUCAGGACGUUGGGGAACAGAAACACCAACCACAACAGCGCGCUGUUCAAGACGGUGCUGCUGGCGAAUAAUAUCGUGUUGCUGUCGACCAAGUCGGGGGGUGGGAUCGCCACGGCGGCGAUUACGGAUACCGACAUCAGGAACAUCAACAAGAUUGCGAAAAAGUCAAAGGUGUUUGAGCUGUUGAGCCAGUCGUUGGCGCCGAGCAUUUUCGGGCAUGAUUACAUCAAGAAGGCGAUUUUGCUGAUGCUACUGGGGGGGAUGGAGAAGAAUCUGGAAAAUGGGACGCACCUGAGGGGUGAUAUCAACAUUUUGAUGGUGGGUGACCCUUCGACGGCCAAGUCGCAGCUGUUGAGGUUUGUGUUGAAUACGGCGCCGUUAGCGAUUGCCACCACCGGCAGGGGGUCGUCUGGUGUGGGCUUGACGGCUGCGGUGACGAGCGACAAGGAGACGGGGGAGAGGAGGUUGGAGGCGGGUGCGAUGGUUAUGGCGGACAGGGGCGUGGUCUGCAUCGAUGAGUUUGACAAGAUGAGCGACGUGGAUCGGGUGGCUAUCCACGAGGUUAUGGAACAGCAGACGGUUACGAUUGCGAAGGCGGGGAUUCACACUUCGUUGAACGCGAGGUGCAGCGUCAUUGCUGCUGCCAACCCCAUCUUUGGGCAGUAUGAUACCCACAAGGACCCUCACAAGAACAUCAACCUCCCGGAUUCGCUGCUGUCCCGUUUCGACUUGUUGUUUGUUGUCACCGACGACAUUGAGGACACGAGGGAUAGGCAGGUGUCGGAGCAUGUGUUGCGUAUGCACCGCUAUCGCCAGCCCGGCACGGAAGAAGGCGCCCCUGUUCGGGAGAACGCGGGCCAGGCUCUCAACGUGGCACUUAACCAGCAGGCUGAUGUUCAGCGCCCGACGGAUGUGUACGAGAAGUACGACGCGAUGCUUCACGUGGGCAUCAAGGCUACCGGCAGGGGAAGCAACAGGAAGCACGAGAUCCUCUCGAUCCCGUUCAUGAAGAAGUACAUCCAAUACGCCAAGACCCGCAUCAAGCCGGUCUUGACUCAGGAAGCCUCGGACCGCAUCGCCGAGAUCUACGUCGGGUUGCGUAACGAUGAUAUGGAGGGCAACCAGCGCAAGACCUCCCCCAUGACGGUCCGCACGCUCGAAACCCUCAUCCGUCUGUCGACCGCCCACGCCAAGGCGAGGUUGUCGAACCGCGUCGAGGAACGGGACGCCCUCGCCGCGGAAUCCAUCCUGAGAUUUGCCCUCUUCAAGGAGGUGAUUGAGGAUGAAUCAAGAAAGAAGAGGAGAAAGACCCGCCCUCUGGCGGACGAGAAGACGGACAGCGAAUCCUCUGACGACUCGGACGGCGACGAGGCCGCCGCCGCUGCUAGAUCCCGCUCUGCUCGCGCGUCCCAGAGGGCGAACGGUAGUGCAAGGAGGGUCAAUGGUAGAAACCAGAGGAGCACACCGCCUGAGGUUGAGGUUGAGGCUGCCGAGGAGGGAGAGGAGGAGGAAGAGGAUGUUUACAACGCCACGCCUAGACGGACAGGCCGGUCGACGAGGAGCUCUCAGCCCUCGUUUGCAAGCUCGAUUCCUGCUUCUCAGCUGGAGACGCAGGAGGAGGAUGAGGAUAUGGCGUCCAGAGCGGCGGGGCUCACGGUUGAGGAGGAGGAGCAGGAGGGGAUUAGUGAGCAGCGCCUUGAGCUGUUUAGACGGACGUUGGGUCAGCUUCUGGGAACGGAUCUGUUUGAGGAUGAUUCGGCGAGGGUGGAUGAGUUAAUUGGCGCUGUGAACGAGAAGGCCGAGGGGCCAAAGUUUGGAAAGGCCGAGGCGAUACUGGCGUUGAAGGAGAUGGAUAGUCGGAACCAGAUCAUGUACACUGAUGGUGAUUUGGUUUACAAGAUUUGAGGGGUGGUUUGUGGGCAUCAUAGCACAUGGGCUGGUUUAUGGCUGUAGAACUGAAAGUAGAAAGCAAGCAUGAUGGAUGGUCUUGUCAUUUUUCCAUGAGAAACCCAACCGUGAUUCGAAUUUAACGCCAUGCCUACCCCGCAACCCGCCAAAACAACACGAGAUAAGAGAGAUCUAUGAUAUCAUCUCAGUAUUACUUCCCCUCUCCCUCCCCCAACCCA